GAAGACAUUGCCGGCCAUGGCUCCACUUGGCAGUCCCUACAUUCACCUUCUUAUAUUGGAAUAUACGUUGCCACUUCGUAAGUAGUGAACCCGGCAUCUCUAUCCUUGCAAGCCGUUUCAUUACCUUCAGGAAUAGCAAGCUGGUUUCAAAGUGAACGCACAAAAUUAUGAAAGGUAGCAGCAGGAAAGUCCCAGGCAUGCCAUUCAUCAAAGGAAGGAAGGACAGAGAUGAGGAUCUUCUUCUGUUCAAGGAAUUGCAAAGACGCGAAAAAGACCGGCUUGCCUGUCUCCUUCAGCCUGUUUCUGAUGAGUUUGAGCCUAAUAUUGCUGGGAAUCAUACACUCUAUAGAAUUGCAUCUGGCAGGAAAGGUUCUGUAUACGAAUCGUUUGGCGAAAACGAUAAAAAUGAUUAUGACUGGUUGAAAACGCCGCCAGCAACUCCUCUGUUCCCUUCCCUAGAAAUGGAAGCGAACGCCCCGGGAAAUAUUGUCCAACGGGAGAUACCGAUAAUUCAACCUCUCUCGAGGUUUGCAGACAAUACAGACGCAUUGAAGGGAAGUACUGUAACACUAAGGACUCCAAAUUCAAAACCUAAUAGGAUCCCUCAAAGAUCAGUAACCCCAGGUCAAAAACAAAGAAUCUCAACAUCAACUGAAAAUAAGAACAGCAAGGUAGCAGCACAAAUUCUGAACCAGAAAAUGGCCCAAUUCACAACAGAUCCGAAUAGAAAAACAAAUGUGAUUGCAAACUCAGCCAAACCCACUAACCAAAAAUCAAGUCAAACCAAUUUCCUGUCCUCGAACCUUUCCAAGGAUAUAAAAACAAAGCCUGAAAAUAGAGGUGUGUCGCCUUCUGUCAGGUCAACAAUUGCAGCUCAAAUUCCAGGAUUUUCCAAUGACACGCCUCCUAAUCUUAGGACAGAUCGUGCAACUUCUGCUACUAGGGGCAGACCUGUUGCAGCCAAUCCAACAGCGUCAGUUCGUCAAAAACAAGACCCCGCUCCAAGGCCACGAAGGCAAUCCUGCUCACCAAGUGUGACAAGGGGUCGAAAAGAGAGCAAUGAAGAAAACUUGACCACUUCAAAAGGGAAAACUGUAACAGGAAAUAAUGGAGCUCAAAUUUUCGGAAGCAGAAUGGUAGACAAGGUAAUGAAUGCUAGAAAAUUGGGAGCUGAAGAAAGAGAAGCCAAGCCAAAGCAGCAAAGUGCUACUAAAUCUGCUAAUAGUAGUGCUAAUGCAAGUCCUAGUCAUGGUUUUGGCAGGAUGAUGACGACGACUAAGAGCCAAAUGGACAUGGCUUUCAAGCAUAUGGUGAUAGCAAAAGAUCGGAUCAAUUCUCGUCACCUUGGCAUUACCUCUGGCAGAAGCUGUGGCCAGAAUGAGCUCGACUAGAAUCAAACGUUUGCUAUUUGCAUAUGUAUAUGUAAAAGCUAAGAAGACAUGCAAAACUUAAAAGAAUUCUGGGAUUUUAGGAGAAUUUAUUAAGUAAUGAUAUACUUUACGAAGCUUUUUUCCUUAACAAAAAAUAAGUUUUCGGAGCCAAAACUUUUGUUCUUUUGUUUUUCUACAAGUCCAUGAAACAUUUAAUUUGUAAAGCGGGUGAAAUUUUAUUUUUGUUGCGGCAAAUAUAUCCUUGAAUUUU